UUCGCACAGGCGUACUAUAGUAAAGGCUUAUUAUUAUUUUCCUGAUACCACAACUUCUACUUCAAAAUAUAGAGCAUAUAUUCUUUAACGGUAGAAGACAUUUCCAAGGGAAUUUCGUGUCGUUUUUCGCCGAGAAGGAUCGAAGGAUGAAUCGUGAGGACCAAAACGUGGAGGAAUCGUUUCUUCUAUACGACCGAUGUGGGGACAAUAAAAUUGACUGCAGCCAGAUCGGCGAAGUUUUAAGAGCUCUUGGUAUCAACCCAACAGAAUAUGAAAUCAAAAAAAUGAUUAAAGAGAUUGAUCCUACUGGGGGAAAGAGAGUCAGCUUUGAGGAAUUUUACCCUAUGUUUCAGAGCUUGAGGGACAAACACAGGAAGGAAAGACGAGGUGAAGACGAAGAUUAUUUUCUCGAAUGUUUUCGAGUGUUUGACCGCAGUUGUAACGGGCUGAUCAGCGCAGCCGAGCUGCGCCACGUUCUCUCGAGCCUCGGAGACAAGCUUAACGACGAAGAGGUCGACGCUUUGUUGGUUGGUUUCGAAGAUAAUCAGGGACAAGUGUACUAUGAGGACUUUGUGAGGACUGUUAUCAGUGGUUAAGAAAACUGUACUCUUUGCGUAUAAAUAUAACAAGACACUGGCUAACAAUGGCAUAUAGGGUUUCAUAUGAGGGGGAAGCGUAUAGGAACCAGGGCCGGGUUGUUCCAAGCUGGAUUAGCGCUAAUCCAGGAUUAACUCUAUAGGUCUUAUUAAGAGUUAACCCAGGAUUAGCACUAAUCGGGCUUUGAAUAGCCAUUCAAAAUACUGGGUCGAGUUGGCAUCGAAGUGUAUUGUGGGACCUUUUUUAGGACAAGGGGAAAAAUAGACGCCAUCUUGAAAAUGUGCCCUAAUCAGCCCCACAAUGCACUGCAAUCAUCCCAACUCUACUCAAACUUUUCCUCGACCUCGGAAUGGCUAAUAGCACGAACACGGUACAGAUAACAUUGAAAUGUCUUCCCAUUGUGUUUGAUUUAUUUGUCCAAUCACAAUAGUCCCCUUCACAGUUCCCUGCGCCGUGCUUUUGCUUCCAAGCGAGACAAACGGUGAGCUUGCAAUGAUAAGACACCUUGGACAAUUAUUCACGUCUCUGACAUUGCAAGCUUACCGU